AUGGACGGGGGAAAGAAUCUGGAGUCGGCCAUUUCGAGGGGCACCACGCAAAACGAUCACGCCUCUAUUGAAAACCGGCUGUCACAAUAUUCAGAUGCUCAAAAAGCCAAGGCAUUUCGCAAAUUAGAUUGGAAUCUCAUAUUAUUACUUGGUGUCUUAUACCUGUUAUCCUACAUUGACCGUGGCAAUGUUGGAAAUGCCUACACUGCUGGCAUGGGAAAAGAAUGGGGCAUCACGUCCAAUCAAUACUCUUGGGUCAUCACCGCAUAUUACAUCGCUUACAUCGCUUUCCAAUGGUUUAUCUUGCUUUGGAAAGUGGUCUCACUCCCAGCCUGGGUGGCUUUCAUGGCACUCGGCUGGGGUGCUGCAAGUAUGUUGCAAGCCGCUACCAGCAACCUUGCGGGCUUGAUCGCACUGCGCUGUCUGAUGGGAGCAUUUGAGGCCGGAUUCGCUCCCGGUGUGGCCUUUUAUCUCUCCUUCUUCUAUCGCCGGUCGGAAAUGGGGUUCAGAUAUGGUCUUUUCAUCUCGUUUUCGGCCAUCGCUAACUGCUUCGCUUCCGCGCUGGCGUAUGGAAUUGUCCAUGCGAACACAUCCAUUGCCAACUGGAAGUUGCUGUUCAUUAUCGAGGGUAUACCCACGAUAGUGGUAGCGCCUCUCGCGUGGAUAUUCUUACCUAAAGGCCCUGGAGAAUGCCGCUUCCUCACGCCCAUCGAAAAUGACAUCGUUCGUCUUCGUGCACUCUCGGGUCGUGGAUAUGAAGAAAAAGGAAAACUAAACUUCAAGCAAUCGUUCGCUGCGUUGGCGGACUACAAAAACUAUUUCCAGGCUGUGAUCAUAUUUUGUUUGAACGCUGCGUUCGGGGCGCUACCUGCCUUCCUGCCCACGAUCAUUGAAGAAAUUGGCUAUUCAUCCGUUCAGGCGCAAGGCCUGUCUGCGCCUCCUUAUUUGGUCGCGUACUGUAUCUGCUUAUCAGCUUCAUUUCUCUCGGAUCGAUUCCAAAACCGGUCAUUCUUCCUGAGUGGGUUGAGCGUUCUUGGGGCGGUAGGCUACCUCAUUCAAUCCCUUGUCAAGACAGAUGGGGUGCGUUACUUUGCAUGCUAUCUCAUCUGCGGUGGCGUUUUCCCCGCUGUCGCACUGACGUUUACAUGGGUCACCGACAAUGGCGGCUCAGCAUCUAAGCGUGGUGCCGGGCUGGUGAUCUUUGGGAUGCUCGGCCAGACUGGCUCUAUUGCUGGCUCACGCUUCUUCCCUAAGGAAGAAGGUCCCUUCUAUGUGAAGGGUAUGGGUAUCAGUGCAGGCUUGUUAUUCUUCGCGGCGAUUCUCGCUCAAGCCUUGGGCCUUUUGCUGAGAUGGGAAAAUAAACGAAGGGAUGCCAUCACUAGUGCUUCGGGUUUCGACACGGAUGACGCUGUGAGCAACUCCAGAGAUGAUCAUCCUUCAUUCCGAUUUAUUGUCUGA